GUUACCUGUCGCAUCUGCGAUUUCUGCAGUGUGGGUUGUAUGCCGUGUUGGAUUUGGGAUGUGUUUACAUAAUAAAACAAAGUAGAGUGAAUCGGAGAGUUUGUUCCAAAUAUAAUUUUAUUCUAACACGGCAGAAAUAUAUGUGUGUUAAACUGUUAAAAUACACACUACUGUUGCCAAAAAAAUGACUGAUAACCAGGAGCAGCACCCAGACCUAAAAUUGACUUCACAUUUCCUUGCUACGAACAUGACGCCCACAACUGAUUUCAAAUCGCCACACGAAGAAGUAGUUACCAUCAAUGAGCCUGUUCGAUCUGGUAGAAAAAACCCUACAAAGAUUACCAAACUCUGCUUCGUCUUUAUAGUUGCUUCUGGAAUCAUCAACUGUCACUUAUUCGCCAUUCUCUAUAACUGUUACUAUAAACUACUCAAGCCUGCCUUUGGAGAAACUUCCAGUGAAGACAGUGAAGACAGCAUCAAUGACAUUAUAUUCUUCGUUUUUCUGUGCAACAACAUCGCCUGUUUAUUCAUCUGCCUGCACAUAUUCACAAAUAGGUGUAGAGCAAACAAAGUCAUCGCAGUGAUCGCUACAGGUGUCUGUAUAUUUACACCCUUCUUCUUGUUUGCGGCGUUGGCCCUGACGAGUCCUGAAAUCCAGCCCAUUGGACUUAGGAAAUAUGCCCUUUAUUAUAUACUGCUCUUUGCUCCAUAUUCUGUUCAAUUCACUACUGGGUUGCUGAUGAUCAUUGAAAUGUAUAAUUUCACGUGAUUAGUGAAUUGUCAAUGUAUAUGUAAUAGGUGUUAAUAUUAGGAGCAUGAAUGCUAAAAUAUGUGUGUUUGCGUAUUUGGUUAUAAAUAAAAAUAUAUGGAUAUAAAUAAAUACAUGUAUGUGCGUUUGUAUGUGUGUAUGUGUGUGUGUGUGUUCGUGCGUUCAAACCAGACAGAAAAUGUAUGAGCAUUGCCAAACCAAAAUUAAUAAAUUUUUUAAAUUAAUAUUUUAAUUCACAGCAUUGUUUAUAUCUACACACUUAAAAGCACGUUUCUAUAGAAAUUGUGUACUAAUUUGAUAUGUAAAUAGCGAAUCUGACGUGAUGUAUUCUAAUAUAAUUUUGGUGAAGAUUCUCUUCUAGGCAGAGUGUAACACGAAAUGAUUUUAACACGGAGAAAUAUUUCCGUCCCCUGAGAUUUUAUUUUAAUUGAACGAUUUCCACUAUAUUUUAUGCAACUAGUGUAGUUACAAAAACAACGUAUUUGCAUGUCAACAAGAACAAGAUCAAUCCCAA